AUGUCUUCCCAGCAGCCCAAUAGCUCGGCUCCCAACAGCCCCACCAAUGUCAUUGGAUCUCCUUUCUCUAUCAACUCUCCAAUGGUAUCGCCCUCUCUGGGAUUUGGACCCAUCAGCCACAGCCAGGUAAAUCUGUGGUUCAUGUCGUUCCAGCUCUCUGCUUCAGGCGCCAUGUCAGGGAUGCAUUCAAUCAGUAGCUCUGAGGACAUCAAGCCUCCAUUUGGCCUGAGGCCCAUGUCCACUCACAGUCCUGGAAUCAUGUUGUCUCAAAAGCGCCUGUGCGUCAUUUGUGGAGACCGCUCGUCUGGCAAGCAUUAUGGCGUGUACAGCUGCGAGGGCUGCAAAGGGUUUUUCAAGAGGACUGUCCGCAAAGACUUGAGCUACACAUGCAGGGACAACAAGGAGUGUCUGGUGGACAAACGCCAGCGCAACCGCUGCCAGUACUGCCGCUACCAGAAGUGCCUGGCCAUGGGCAUGAAGAGGGAAGCGGUUCAGGAGGAGCGUCAGAGAAACCGCGAGCGUGAAGGCGAGCUGGAGUUCAGCAUGGGCAUUAAUGAGGAGAUGCCAGUGGAGAAGAUCUUGGAGGCAGAGACUGCGGUGGAGCAGAAGACUGAGCUCCACUCUGAUGGAGGCUCUGCAGGCAACUCUCCCCAUGAUGCGGUCACCAACAUCUGCCAGACUGCAGACAAGCAGCUCUUUGCCCUGGUGGAGUGGGCCAAGAGAAUCCCUCACUUCUGUGAGCUGCCUCUUGACGACCAGGUCAUCCUUCUGCGCGCAGGUUGGAAUGAGCUCCUCAUCGCCUCGUUCUCCCACCGCUCCAUCACCCUGAAGGACGGCGUUCUGCUCACCUCGGAGCUGCAGCGAGAGGGCGCUCUCAGUGCAGGAGUUGGAGCUAUCUUUGACAGGGAGAGUGUGCAGAGUGCAGAGGUUGGUGCCAUAUUUGACAGGGUUCUCACCGAGCUUGUCAACAAAAUGAGAGAUAUGCAAAUGGACAAGACAGAGCUCGGCUGCCUUCGCGCCAUCGUCCUUUUCAACCCAGAUGCGAAAGGUCUGUCCAACACGGGGGAGGUGGAGCUGCUCCGAGAGAAGGUUUAUGCAUCGCUGGAGGCCUACUGCAAACACAAGUACCCCGAGCAGCAGGGCAGGUUCGCCAAGCUGCUCCUCCGCCUGCCCGCGCUGCGCUCCAUCGGCCUGAAAUGCUUGGAGCACCUGUUCUUCUUCAAGCUGAUCGGCGACACGCCCAUUGACACUUUCCUCAUGGAGAUGCUUGAAGCUCCUCAUCAGCUGGCCUAG